GUCCGUAGUGUUUGCAAAGUUUGUACGUAAAUGUAGUUAAGAGACAGUGUGACAAAUUUGCCAAGAUACACGAGGCGAUCACCAGGAGGUUGACGUAGUAUACAUAUCAUCUGAGAGAGCACAUACUGACUGAUGACAGAUGACCCUGUUGAUGAAGUCAUGCGGUUUGAAGUGCAGAGCUUCAUCUGUGUGCAGAAGUUUUAUAAGAUUCACCCAGCCUAGCACACAAAAACCAUGGUGCAGGGGAAUUCAUGAGUUGAGAACGAAAGAGAAAAUGUGCAUGAAUACUUGGAGGGAUCAAUUAAGUCUUACGAGAGCCUUUGCCACUAGGCCUGCCAACGAGGAAAACAUUUUGAGGGAUGAAAGAAAGGCUGUGUGGAGAGAUACCUCCAUUAGGCGCCCUCAUUCUGACCUCUACUUCCCAGAGGAAGAAAAUGAACAUUUCCAUUUGGUCCUGGAAAGAAUGCCAGAAUACAAAGACAAACUGAUGUACGUUACAGCUUCAGCAGAGAUUCCAGAUGUUGGAGGAACAGAGGAGAGUUGUGGCAGUUUGCUUGCCAUGAAUGACCUGCCUACAGAUAUAGAGACUGAAAUGUCCUUCCUAGAAAGACUUUCAAAUUUGCCCCCAAGCGCGAAACAUGGUCUGCUGCAGGAUUCAUGCUUUAAGUCUCUGUGCCUCUCAGCCUUGUCAAAAGUAGAAAAUUUGUCUGAUCAACAGUUCUUUAAAAUGUUGCAAGUCCUGUCAAGGUUUGGAUUUCGCAAAGCAAUUCAUGGUGAAGCCAGAACAUUUCGUUUUUCUGUUCACAGCACGGUUAUCAAAGAAUGUGACAGGAGAUAUGACAGGAACAACUGGAACCUUCAACAACUGUUCUUGGCAGCCGAUUUCCACUUUGCCACAAGAUGCAGUGCAUUUCUCCGCUCCGGCAGUGUUGCUCAUUUACACGACAGGAUACAAACACAGUUGAAACAUCUUUCAAAGACAGAAUUAGUCUUAUUUAUGUAUCAUUGUGGUGUUUCAAGGCAAAUAACUAAAAGUGCAGUUCCUCAGAUCUUGGAGAAGGUCUUGGACCAGUUUGAAAUGUUAAACUUUGAAGAAUUAGCAAUUAUAUGUAUAGGAUUGUUUAAGACCAACAAUAUUAUUUACAUGCCUCAAUUCCUCACCAAACUGUCACAAAGAGUUCACCGGGACAUGGCCACAGCAAGCCACUUGGCUUUGUCUGCUGUCUUCAAAACCCUGUGCAAAUCUGCCAACAAAAAUACUUCCAGGUAUAAUUCUGACUUUCAGGAGGUUUUGGUGUCUUUGCUGGACAAGUCCACAACAGUGUUACCAGAUCUUCCAUUUUCUACCUUUAUUCACAUUUUCCGCUUCUUCUUGGGUGUUCACUGGAUGAGUGAAGCUUUUCUGGCAACUCUUGUUGAGACAGUUUUAAAGGAUGAAGUCUCUAAGUGGAGAGUUAAAGAAAUUUCGCGUUUCCUCUUCCAUCUCUGCAAUUUCACUUGUUUCUCCGGAGACCCUAAGUUUCAGAGGGUUAUAGAAGUACUCCUUGGAGAGUUUCGAGAUCAACGUCGACGAAAGGAAUUUCAGAUGUUCCCAGAAAGCCUUUUGCAAGGCUUGGUUGGCCUUUCCUUUGUUGAUGUUUACGAUGAAGAAUUGACAGACUUUCUUUUUGGGAAUGAUUUUCAAGAUCGUCUGUCAGCUCAGAGGAAAAGUUUGCAAAAAGUCGACUUUAUUCGAGACUUAUUUCAGUUAGACAGAAGCCUGAAGAUUGAUCGCCCUGAUUACCAUGGCAACCAUCUCGCAACAACAGUCAAAAACAUGUCUGAUAUUCCAAUGAACCCAACCAGGCAAGUUUCAAGGGUUAAUAGUAUCCGUGAUGUCAUUCUGAAGGAAGUGAUGUGUGAACUGGUCAGCCUACUGGGUGGUCAGGACUACCUCCGUGUUGGUCAUUUACUUCCUCACUAUCACACCACUGAUAUAGAAGUGAGGUUAGGUGAAGAUGGGAAACCCAUCCCUGUGCGAGAAUGGACAACUUCAAGCACAACUGCACAAACUUCACAACAACAACAACCUGGAAACCUUCAUAAAUUGUUAGUAGAUCUCUCAGUUCUACAGAAACAGCAAAGACUGGCAUUGGUGAUGUUUGGGCCCAACUGUUACCAUGUGUACAGAGAUAAGGGAGGUCACUCUUCCAAGCAACUCCUUGGUCUUCAUCAGAUGAAGCUUAGGCAUCUGGCAUGCUCUGGUUUUACUAACAUACAGAUUCCUUAUUUUGAAUUUAAUCAGGCCUCUGAUCGUAGUAGCUACUUGAAACAUAAACUCUUCGGGCAAGACUCCAGGUAGUAAAGCAGAGAGGAGCGUAUGUACUUGGUGGGUAAUCAUGUGUACAGUAACAAGGAACCUCUUAAAAUUUUAGCAUGUUUUAU